UUCACACAUCGGCGUGUGUUUGAGGUGGGCAGCAGCUGCUGGAGUAAAGGAGUCGCCGGGUGGUGGUGGUGAUAUCAUUAAAAACGCCUUUUUGGAACGAAUAGCACCAGCGGCUGAAGGGAAACGACACCCCGGCGGCGAGCCUCGUGAACCUUAUUCCGCGCGACGCCUGCAGCACCGCACGCACCAAGCGAGGAAGCGGGAGCAGUUAGCCGGUUAGCAUCCCCGAUUGCUGUCGGGAUCAAAGCGUUGAGGUGCUAGCCUCCCAGCUAAUUAGCAUCGUUAGUUCGCUUCACUUCGUCGCUCGUGGUUUUCGACCACUAAAUUCUUCAGUGUGCACCCCCCCUUCCUCCCCACCCCCCACAGGGAGGAAAAAAUAAAAAUAAAAUCAACAACGCAGGUUGGUGUGAGUGACUGGGCAGCGGGAGACGGCGUCUGCGUUCUUUCGAGUUUGCACCAUCGCACCCCUUUCACCUCUGCCCCUCCACCCGAAACACUGGACAUCCACACGGGGCCGGAGAGCGGCGAGGGGCCGGCGAAGCUGGGGGCGGUCACGGUAGCGGACUCGCCGGGAGUCGGAGCGGCUACGGAGAAGCACGGCCGUGGGGAUUUGGCUCCGAGCAUGGACGGGCUGGCAGUGGAAGUCCGCGGCUCCAACGGGGCCUUCUACAAGGGUUUCAUUAAAGAUGUCCACGACGACUCACUCACAAUCAUAUUUGAAAACAACUGGCAGCCAGAGCGACAGCUCCCUUUCAGCGACGUACGGUUGCCGCCUCCAGCUGAUUACCACAAGGAAAUCAUUGAGGGAGAAGAGGUGGAGGUUUACUCCAGGGCCAAUGAGCAGGAGCCGUGUGGCUGGUGGCUAGCUCGGGUUCGAAUGAUCAAAGGAGAGUUCUACGUAAUCGAGUAUGCAGCAUGUGAUGCCACGUACAACGAGAUAGUCACAUCAGAACGCAUCAGGCCUCUGAACCCUAACGUCCCAUCAUCUCGAAACUCUUUCCACAAAGUCCCCAUCCCAGUUCCAGAUGACCUAAGAGACAUCUGUGCAAAUGACAACAUUCACAAAGAUUUCAGGAAAGCUAUCGGCGCAAACUGCAUCUUCUACAGCGCUCAAACACACGAACUCAUUGUACUGUCAACGAACGAAACCACAGUAAAGCGUGCUGCUCUCCUGAGUGACAUGCACUUCCGCAGCAUCCGUACCAAGCUACUGCUAAUGUCCCGCAAUGAAGAAGCCACCAAACAUUUGGAGACAAGUAAGCAACUGGCGUCAGCGUACCAGGAGGAGGUGAGGGUGAGGGAGGAUCUGAUGGGCCUUGCCAUCGGCUCCCACGGUGCCAACAUCCAGCAGGCACGGAAGGUGCCUGGUGUCACUGCUAUUGAACUGGAGGAAGAGAGCUGCACAUUCAGGAUCUAUGGAGAGACACCAGAGGCAGUGAAACAGGCUCGAGAAUAUCUGGAGUUCAGAGAAGACUACUUUCAGGUACCCAGGAACCUUGUAGGAAAAGUCAUCGGCAAGAACGGCAAAGUCAUCCAAGAGAUUGUGGACAAAUCAGGCGUUGUUCGUGUAAGGAUCGAGGGGGACAACGACAAAAAGCUUCCCCGGGAGGAGGUAGGCAGGCAGGGGGCUGGCAGGGACGACGCUCCCAGCAGCAAAGAGGGCAUGGUUCCCUUUGUGUUUGUGGGAACUAAAGAGAACAUCAGCAAUGCCCAGGCCUUGUUGGAGUACCACGUGUCCUAUCUGCAGGAAGUGGAGCAACUGCGCCUGGAGCGUCUUCAGAUUGACGAACAGCUCCGUCAGAUUGGAGUCGGCUACCGCGCGCCUCAGGGUCGACCCGGAGGUCCAGGUGGUGACCGGGAGAAAGGCUACCUGACAGACGAAAGCAGCAACUCGAUCCAUGCAUCCCGGAGCUACGGGGGCCGCGGCAGAGGACGGAGGGCCUCCAAUAGCCAGCACUCUGGAUACGGUACAAACUCGGAACUGUCCAAUGCUUCUGAAUCUGAGGAUGUCAUUGAGCGAGACCAGCGACCCCGUGGCAUAGGCGGUGAGGAGAGAAGUUCCCGACGGGGCGGCAGGGGCCGCGGCGCCAACUCAAGCCGAGGCCGCGGCGGCUCGGGGUCCAAACCUUCCAACACUAUCAGCUCAGAUUCUGUGGUGUCUCCAGUGUUGAGGGACCCAGACAGCAACCCCUACUCUCUGCUGGAGGGCGAGGGCGAGCUGGCAGACGCGGAUAUCAGCGAGGGCGUGGGAGGAGACCGCCGCAGACGCUCUCGACGUCGUCGCAAUGACCAGGAGCCAGUCGUGAUGGAUGCUGCCGCAGAGUCCGACAGUCAGGCAGCACCCAGCGAAAACGGUCUGGAUGAGGACGCCCGACCACAGCGCCGCAAUCGAAGUCGCCGUCGACGUAACCGUGGCAGCCGCCCAGAAGGAGGCUCGACCAGUCGUGACAGACAGCCAGUGACUGUUGCUGACUACAUAUCCCGUGCCGAGUCCCAGAGCAGACAGAACCUACCCCAGAAGGAAAACGCUGCCGGCUCUGAGCCCAAGGAGAAUGGAACCAAUGGCAAGAAGGAUGAGUGUACGCCCUCCAAGCGUUCCCCAAGCAACGGCAUGACUUCGCCCAGCGAGUCCUUGAGCUUGGUCAAUGGCGUCUCAUAAAUAAACGGCCUUGCCCCCUCGCAAACCCAAGUCUAGAGCAAGACUUCAUGGCAAACUCUGUUCCUGCUUGCAUUAACUUAAACCUUAAACAGAUGAGUGAAAAAUUACCUGACAAAAUACCUGAAUUCAUGCUGAGUGAAAAAGUACAAAAAAAUGACAAACGCAUCUACUUAAAAACACACGUUAAUGAUGUAUGCUAUCCUAUCUAUCAGUACUUAGUGCUUAUUUAAAAAAACAAAAAAAAAACAAAAAACAAACAACUAGCUUGCCAAAAAAAGCUGGUGGAUAUGACUUGAUUUUAAAGAAAUACUGAAACACGAAAAACGGGACAAGACUUCUUUUUUUUUUUUUUCCUCUUUUCUUUUGAAACUGUUUUCUGUAUUUGUGUCUCUUCGUUACAUUGAUUUUGUUCAUUGUUUAUCACUGGUUUCGACUUGGCGGUCGCUCCGUCAGCCAAAACGGACACGUCUCUUGAAAGUGUUUAAAAAAGCGUUGACAUGGGAAAUGUGCGCUGUAAAGAGUAGACAGUCCAGUAGGUUAUGUGACGCGGCGUUCGCACAGUGAACUGAGGGGGUGGAGACCGAUUGGAAUAUUGAUAGACAUUGUGCCUUGAAUUAAAAAAAAAAAAGUAUAUAUAUAAAAAUAAAAAAAUGCUUGAGUUUUUCCCAUUAAGUUCGUUUCUGUUUCCCUUAAGGAAGAAAAGAGGAGAUCCGUUCUUGCAUAUUUCUUCUUUGCUUGGAAGAACAGACCUGUGAGGGAGGAGGUUGCAGGAUACGUCACUGACAGGCCAACGUAGGGAAAGAAAAUCUGAUGCCAAUGUGGAAUUCAAGGCGCCCGUCAUUCAGCGUAGAAUGGACGUCGUCAAGGGUCAGUACGCAUCUCUACUGCUGAAAAUGUUGACAACCACAAAACUAUACCAGGAGGUAUCGUAGCACAGCCCUGGGCGGGGUCACAAAACAAGGCGACUAUUAUUCAGCAAGGCUGAGAGGUGUAAGGUGAUGUCACGUCCUCCUCUCACCUGUUUUACUUCUCCUGAGGGUCCAGGCAGCACUCCAACAGCCUUGUAAACCAAAACGAUAGAUUCCGACAUAAGGUUCCUCUACCUGUGCUGGAGUUCGGGAUGGGGAACAGCGGCGCUCGCUUCCAGCCACACGUAGUGUGUCUAGAAGAACCACUACGGUGUGCAGCUCCAGUUGCACACGAGGGGCGAUUAUCUUACAAAACAGGUGCUGCUAGCAGGAGGGCCUGGAGACUGCAGACUGUGGGAUAGGAACAGCUUCAAACGAGAUGAGAGCCGUUAACACACGAUGACAGCCAGGCCCGCGCUUACAGGUACACAUGGCACCGAAACGCAACAGCGUGCCACACGCAAGUCGGAGCGCGUUCGGGGACCGGGUCGGGGUCCGCGUCGGGGCGGAGGACUUUUAAGCAGGCGGAGGUGGCCACCUUGUUUGUACCUGGCAGUUUGGGUUGACAAAUGAAGUAAGAGAGGGACUUAAACCUCAGUGACUCUCUGCUCAUAUUGUUACUGUUGUCUUGGUUACCACUCUUUUUUUUUUUUCUUUUUUUUUUUUUUCCUCUCUUUUUGGUUGCUAUUACCACAUCUUAGUAAAUAUGAAAUAAAAAAAAAAAAACUGAAGUGAAAUCAGCCUCUUCUCUGGAGAUGAACUUUUAAUUUCUCUGUCUUGUGAGUUUGCGGUCUAUUUUUUUCCUAACUUGCAUGGUGUUAGCUAACGAGUAGUCGGUGGUGCCCGUCCCGUGCAUGAGGAAGAGUGUUAUUAAUCUGACUUACAAAAAGCCAUUGUUUCUUUGUUUUUCAUUUGCUAGAAUUGCUGCUACCGUACACGUUGAAUGUCCAACUAACUUAGAAACUCUACCUUGAACUGAGAGAACUUUUCUUCACGACUCAAAACAUCGCCCACCACAUCCCGGCUUGUAUCGGCGGGUACGCGGACUUAGGGCCUGCCCAUGACGAUUCACGACAAGCUCGUGUCCAUGUGACCAAAGGUUUCAAGAAGCAGGAGAACAUGAGCAGUUGAACUGAGAUGAUCCAGAUGCUGCUGCUGUUGUACGAUUCCGCUCAUCUUGUAUGUUUUUAGUGUCCGAGCGAGCACUUGAGUAUUUGUAAUUUGUUCAGUUGCAUGGUGUGUGCGUGCGGAACAUUUGUAGUCACCUUUAUACCUCAUUGUGUGAGUACUGUAUUCCCUUUAAGUGUCCCUCAUGUCCUGUUGAAAGGCCGCUGGGCGUCUGGGUGGAUGCUGGUUGUACAGUUAAACUCCUCACUCUUGUCAGAUUUUUGUCUCUGGUUUUCUCACUCAUGUUCUGAUGGCAAUAAAGGACUUUUCAUUG